AUGCGCUUUGCCCUGGCGCGUGGCUCCGUGCUUCGCGUGCCCGGUAGCACGGCCAGCCCGGGCGCGGCGCGGCGGCCGGACUACGACGGUUGGAACAGCAGGGACGCGACGCUGGAGGUCAUCGGCGGCGCGCACCACCUCACGCCGCGCCGGCCCGGCCCGCAGUCGGACUGGGGCGGCGCACACGCGGAGGGGUAUGACGUUGGCGACACAUGCGCGAUGCCUGCGCGCCGCCGCAGCCCGAGUCCGGCGAAAGCGCGCUACGAGCCGCCUCGGGUGCCCACGAGCGGCCACGCGGCGGAAGCCUCGCUCGGCCUGACUCGGUCUGACGGGAGCAGCGACUCGUCGGACCCCGAGUCGGGCCCGGCCCCGAGCCGCAGCCUGGGGGAGUGCGGGAUGGACGGGUCCAUCGACGGGGAGCUGGACCUCGAGAUGGACUCGAGCAGCGCGUCCACGGUCAGCACGGGCGACGCCGGCGGCGGCGCCAUCGACGUGGAGACGCUUAUGUCGCAUUUGAACUCAACCAAGGUAGGAAUAUCGCACGGCACGAGCCACGGGGGCUCCGGCGAGGACCACCACCACAACCAGGCGCUGCACCACAAGGCGGACGCGUCGCACGGGAAGCACAAGCACAAGCACGGGCGCAGCGCGCUGGCGUCGCUGGCGCCGUCGGCGCAGCGCUCGCACCGCGAGGACGACGUGCUGUACGAGUACAUGGUGACGGGGGCGCCGUCGCGGCCGAAAGCGGGCCCGCUGUCGGCGGGGAAGAAGGCCGGCGAGCGGGCGACGCCGGUGGUGGCGGGUGGGUGGGCGCUGGGCGCGGCGUGGCAGCAGGCGAAGCAGGCGGGCGAGCGGCUGCUGUAUUUGUACUACAACUGGCGGAAAGGCACGCAGUCGGACCUGCUCGUGGUGGCCACGAUGAACAUCGGGAUCCUGUCGUUCUUCGCGGCGAUCAAGUCGUUCGUCGACAGCGUCGGAGAAGCACCUGUGGGCGCCGAGGCUCCGUCCCCCGCUGCGGAGGCGGCCGCGGCCGGGAUCCGCGGCGUCGCCGGCGCCGUCGCGCACCAGCUGUCCGCCAUGUACGACGUCCUAAUUCUCACCAUCUUCACCGAACCGCCCGACGGCCCCAUCACGCCAGCACAGAAGCUGUACACAAUCGCCGUCGGCUUCGUGGGCAUGGCGACCUUCGCGCUGGUCCUGGCGCUGAUCGAGCAGGCGGUGAUGGAGAACUGGGAGCGCAACGUCGGCGACGGGUCCUGCGUGUACGAAAAGGGUCACACGCUCGUGCUCGGGUCCCUCGAGUCGCAGAUCGACAUCGCCAUGCUCUACAAGCUGCUCGUGGAGCUCUGCCUGGCGUACCGCGCCACCGGCGGCCGCCCAAUCGUCGUGUUGUCGCACAAACCUAAGCUUGAGAUCGAGCAGCAAUUCGACUCGAUCCUGCCACAGGCCAGCCGGUUCGGAAGCACGCUGGUGUUCCGCCAGGGCAACCCGCUGAUCACGGGCGACUUGCACCGCGUCGCGGCGCAGGGCGCGGGCUGCAUCGUCGUUCUAGGGGACUCCUCGCGCAGCGCCCUCGAGAGCGACUCCAUGGUGCUGCGGACGGCCAUCCUGCUCGACGAGAUGCAGCCGAUGGAGACGGAGGGGGCCGCGGACGGAUCGCCGCGGUCGCACUGCCACAUCGUGUGCAACGUCAUCUCCAGCGCCACUUCCGACCUCAUGAAGCGCUCCUGCACGCCACGCAUCCUCCCCUUCCCCGCCCACAAAUUCAACGCACGCCGCAUCGCGCGCAUGGUCCGCCAGCCCGUCGUCUCCGCGGUCUCCAAGACCAUGUUCUCCUUCGCAUCGCACUCCAAGGCCUACCUCCACUCCUUCCCGCACCUCGCGGGCCGCACCUUCCUGGAGCUGCCGCUCUUCUUCGACGACGGCACCGUCGUCGGCGUCCACUCCCCCGCCACGGGCGUCACCUUCCUCAACCCUGACCCCACGUACCGCCUCAAGCAAGGCGACCUCCUGCUCGUGAUGCGCGCGCCGGGGCACGUCGGGAGCAAGCCGUACGCCGGCCGGGCGUUCGCCGCGGACGUGUCCGACGCCACGUGGCACUGGACGCCGCCGACCGCGGCGGAGGCGGUCAGCAGGUGCUUCCCUGACGACGGCGCCAGGGCGGCGGCCGCGGCGGGCGGCGACGCGAUGGUGUCGCACCUGAGGGAGAUGCGCGCCGGGAAGGGCCUGCACCAGAGCGAGUUCGGGUCCGCGGGCACGUUCGAGACGCUGCGAGAGAACCUGCAGCGGAGGGGCUACCUGGCACCUGCGCCGCCAACGCCGUCGAGCCUCGGGCCGCACGCGGUGCGGGCCGACUUCUUGAGCCCGACGCUCGGGCGCAUGGGCACGCUCGGGCCCAUCACGCUCCUGAUCGCGGGCUGGUCGCGGGACCCGUUCAUGAUCGAGCUGAUCCGAGAGCUCGAGCAGGGCCGGAACGCACUCCCCCCGGGGAGUGAGCUCAUCGUGUUCAACGACCACCCCGCGAGCUCGACGAUCGGCGUCAUCCACCGGCACCUGGACGUGCAGAACCUCAAGAUCACGAGCGUGCGCGGCAACCCCUUGCUGGCGCGGGACUGGGCGCGGCUGAUCGACGUUUCGCAGCUCGACAGCGCGGUCGUCUUCUGCGACCGCGCCUGGAUGGACCCCGACCAGGACAUUUCCAACGGCCUCGCGCUGCUUGAGCGCUCCCACAUGUUGCGGCUGGACGCCCUGGUGAUGAUGGUGCAGCUGCACCUGCGGCGGCUCCUGGAGGACGCUCAGCGCCCGGACAUCAACAUUCUAUGCGAGAAGCUCGCGUUCGAGGGCCUCACGCGGUUCGAGGACCCGCGCCGGCUGCCGAUGGGGAUUACGUUCAACGCCGCUGCGUACAGCGCGAAGCUGCUGAGUCAGGCCGCGUUCGACCCGGCGAUGCUCGGGCCCGUGAUGAAGAUGGGCACCAGCGACGAGGUCGAGGUGCUGGACGCGGCGAUGUUCUGCGAGCGCGGCGAGGCGAUCACGUACUGGGAGCUCAUGCUGCGGUGUCGCAAGAUGACGCAGACUCUCCUGGGGUACUUCGAGCUGCCGCGGCACGCCGCGGACCCCGUGGACCUCUUCAUGAACCCCGUCGGUGACCAGACGCGCUCGACGCCGCGCGUCUGGAACGACGGCGAGGGCCAGGUGAAGCUGGUCGUGCUGUGCAAGCGCGCCGAUAGUGUGGUGGCGGCCGUCGCGGAGCGGCGCGCGCAGAAGGAGGCGGCGAUCAUGAGCGACCUGAUCGGGGAGGACGAGGCCGCGGCUGCGGCUGCGGCCAUCGAGGAGGAGGCGCGGCAGGCUGGCAGGGAGGCGGUGGCUAAGAUGACGGAUGCUGCGGUGACCGAAGGCGGGCUGAACGACGCGGGACGCACGAAGGCGUUCGAUGCGGCGGCGGAGGAGGUGCCGCACUACCACGCCGUGGGCGUGGACGGGCGCGUCGGCCUCGACCCCGUGCGCGUCAAAACGGGCGAGGAUGUUUGA